UGUAGCCGCUGCCGCCCGCGCCUGCCACCCCCCCUGGCCCCCACUAGCGGCCGCCUCCGCCUUCUACCUCCGGCCACGCUCCUCCGGCCCCCCGCCCCGAGCAGGGUCUGGGGGGCUCGGCCCUCUGCUCCGGGGAGCAAAGAAAGGGGAUCCCGUCCCCCCAGUGGCGCGGCCAGUCCCCGGCCUCUGUGAUCCUGAGAGAGACCCCACCCCUCAGUUCUCUCCAGGCCGAAUCGGAGACCCCCUCUGCCCUCCUGCUCACAUCCGCUCUUCAGGCUCUGUCAGCCCCCCGAGAACCGGCUCCCUCCCUCCUUCCCUCUCCGGGGGUUCCCCCUCCCCCAUCCCUCCGCCGCCCCCUCCCCCUCCCACAUCCCCUUCCCUCCCCCUCCUCCGCCCCCCGCCCCCCCCACCAUGAGGAUGAUGGCCGCCGGCGCGGUGCACGGCCUCUUCACGGCCUCCGCGGCCCCGCAGCCGCCGCCGCCCCCGCCGCCGCCGCCGCCGCAACCCCAGCCUCCCCAGCAGCCGUCGCCGCCGCCACAGCAGCCGCCGCCGCCGCCGCCGCAGCCGCCGCAGCAGCAGCAGCCGCCGCCCCAGGCCCCCCCCAUGGAGCCCGAGGCCCCGGAUUCCCGCAAGAGGCCCCUCGAAACGCCCCCCGAGGUGGUCUGCACCAAGCGCAGCAACACGGGAGAGGAAGGCGAAUACUUCCUGAAGGUGCUGAUCCCCAGCUACGCAGCGGGCUCCAUCAUUGGCAAGGGCGGGCAGACCAUCGUGCAGCUGCAGAAGGAGACUGGAGCCACCAUCAAGCUCUCCAAGUCCAAAGACUUCUAUCCCGGAACCACAGAGCGGGUAUGCCUAGUACAGGGCACAGCAGAGGCCUUGAAUGCUGUGCACAGCUUUAUUGCCGAGAAGGUCCGAGAAAUCCCACAAGCGAUGACCAAGCCUGAGGUGGUCAACAUCCUUCAGCCCCAAACCACGAUGAACCCCGACAGAGCCAAGCAGGCCAAGCUGAUCGUGCCCAACAGCACGGCGGGCUUGAUCAUCGGCAAGGGGGGCGCAACGGUGAAAGCCGUGAUGGAACAGUCAGGCGCGUGGGUGCAGCUGUCCCAGAAGCCAGAGGGCAUCAACCUGCAGGAGCGCGUGGUGACGGUCAGCGGGGAGCCCGAGCAGGUGCACAAGGCCGUGAGCGCCAUCGUGCAGAAGGUACAGGAAGACCCCCAGAGCAGCAGCUGCCUCAACAUCAGCUACGCCAACGUGGCUGGCCCCGUGGCCAACUCCAACCCCACCGGCUCGCCGUACGCCAGCCCAGCCGACGUGCUGCCCGCCGCGGCCGCCGCCUCGGCCGCCGCCGCCUCGGGCCUGCUGGGCCCCGCCGGGUUGGCGGGCGUGGGAGCCUUCCCCGCCGCCCUGCCUGCCUUCUCGGGCACCGACCUGCUGGCCAUCAGCACGGCGCUUAACACGCUGGCCAGUUACGGCUACAACACCAACUCCCUGGGCCUGGGCCUCAACUCGGCCGCCGCCUCCGGCGUCCUGGCCGCCGUGGCCGCCGGGGCCAACCCCGCCGCCGCCGCCGCGGCCAACCUCCUGGCCUCCUACGCGGGGGACGCGGGCGCCGGGCCAGCCGGAGGGGCCGCCCCGCCGCCACCGCCGCCCCCCGGAGCCCUGGGCUCCUUUGCGUUGGCUGCAGCCGCCAACGGCUACCUCGGGGCAGGCGCCGGGGGCGGGGCUGGCGGAGGGGGCGGCCCGCUGGUGGCCGCUGCAGCCGCGGCGGGGGCGGCUGGGGGCUUCUUGACGGCGGAGAAGUUGGCAGCCGAGAGUGCCAAGGAGCUGGUGGAGAUUGCGGUGCCUGAGAACCUGGUGGGAGCCAUCCUGGGCAAGGGGGGCAAGACGUUGGUGGAGUACCAGGAGCUGACAGGCGCCCGCAUCCAGAUCUCCAAGAAGGGCGAGUUCCUGCCAGGCACGCGGAACCGGCGGGUCACCAUCACGGGCAGCCCCGCGGCCACGCAAGCCGCUCAAUACCUCAUCAGCCAGCGGGUCACCUACGAGCAGGGAGUGAGGGCCUCAAACCCCCAGAAAGUGGGAUGAGGCCUGUGGUGUGUGCUCCCACCCCUGUCCCUCUUCCUCCUCCCACCUCCUCCUCCUCCUCCUCCUGCCCCCAACUCCUGACCUCAGCUUGGUGUAGUCCUGCUGCUCUUGGGAUGGGGCUGGGGUAGGCCUGACUGCACCCUCCCCUCUUGGUAGUCAUAGGCAGGAUUGAGUGAUGGUUGGGGACGGGGCUCAGAAGCCCCCUCCCCAGCCUUGAACUGACCCCUCCUUCCUCCCGCCCUGUGCUUGGCUGGGCCUGACCCUCCUCUCCCAGGGCCCAGGUCUGUGUGAUAUCUGUAUAUAUUGCAUUUUGUUGAUUUUAAUAGAAAACAAAGCGUUAUUUUCUCUUUC